UAUCACAUCUGUUUAUGUUCAUACUAAUGCGAAAUUUGUAUUACAGCUAGCUCAAGACGAUGCAAAUUACAAGGAAACUUAGAAAUGUUUCUAUAGCCGCGGUUUCAACACUGUUCGGUCCCAUCUGUUUACCAAGUAAGGUCAUUCCGCAUGAAAAAGCCAAAGGAAAACUCAGACGUCAUUCUUUUUUUUUUAUUCGGGUAUAUAAGGAGAUGCAUCAGAUUCAACUCCAAAAUUCAAGUUCAGUACAUUUGUUCCAUAUAAACAAAAAUUCUCAAGUAUUCCUUUAUUCCUUUGCACUUAUCACCAAAAUGAAUCUCAAGUUUCUCAUUGAUUACAUCAGAAACAAGAAGAAUCCAGACUUCAAUGAAUUUGUGAACAGCAGUCUGGAAAACAUUAUGGCUGUCUCCUAUAAAUUCCAAGGCAAGUCCCCGGAUCUACUGUUUGCGUGGUGGCGACGAGAAUUUGCGCUAGAAUUGAACAGGCAAAACAAGGACCCCCACCUCCUCCAAAAGUAAGUACAAUGGACGAUUGUUAUAUCAUAAAGAUACUACUGCUUUUUUAUUGUAGGAAGAUCGCGUACAAUGAACAAAAAUGGGCAGAAGUCAAGAAUGCUAUCACCGCCUUGGUAUAUCUUUUUGUAAAAAAAAAUGCUUCCUUCAGAUGACUAACGUCUUCCGCUAC